AUGCAAGACUAUUUAUCAAACAUACAAUAUAAUAAUGAUGCAGAAAACUCAGUAAAUGUACCAUUUGGACGAAUUUCAGAAUGGUACUUGGCAAACCACCCUUUAUUGAAGGAUAGACGUUUAAAAUGCUUAAGUAGAUUAUAUACUUCAGGCCUUGUAAAAGAAGGAAUUAUUAAUGUUCAAAGGGUUAAAGGAGCUGUAGAUUUUGCUGAAUGGACAACUAGAACUAAUGAAACGAAAUCUACAAACAGAAUAGAUGAUGUAUUAACAUUAACAUCAAAAGGGAAUGAACUUCUAAAACAAAUAAAUCUAAAAAAAAAGGAUAAAUUAUGUUGGUCAUGGAUUAUGUAUUGUGCUGUUAAAAGUGAAGUUCGUAUUACUUCUCUUACUAAAUCGCAUCCUUUAAAAAUAACCAUUCAAGGAAAUCAUGUACCACAAAGUAUGUUGCUUAAUUCUACACCAAAAGUUCAAAGAUUUAAUUUUCUGCGAAAUGUUAGAAAUAAAAUUCUUAUCAGUAGAAGAGCUGACUAUAUGAGUACAAAAGAAAUAAAAGCUAAACUUUUAGUAUCAAUCAAUGGUGCUGAUGAAAAUACUCUUUUUAAUGCAUUAAAUAGUCAAAAAGUUAUUUGUACAAAUGAUAAAUUGAAACAAUUAAUUGCCCAUGAUGAUAAAAGAUUUAAAGACAAUGCUGAAGAUUCUCCUCAAAGAUUCUAUCAAUUAACAUUAUCAGAUGAAUUUUUUAAAGAAUGCACGAGACUAUGGAUAACAAAGAAUAAUGCUGGUUUUGCUACUCCAAUUGCAUUUGGCAUGAGUAAUAAAGAAAAUAAUCAUACAAUUAGAUUGGCAAUUUCAUCAAUAAAGAAUAACCAUGUAACCGAGUUGAUUGUGAUCAUACAUGUGCGUGCACUUAUAGAGGGUGCACUUAUAGAGGUGUCACUGUAUUAUGAAAAUUUGCCAAAUAAUACUGGUUUCCGAAGAAUUACACCUUGUUCAAAUAUAAAUCCAUGGAAUCCUGUUGCUAUGAUCGAUAAACAUAGACCAACUAAAUUAGGUGUAGAUGGUUUAUUAUCCGGUACUAUUCUUUGCUGGUUUCAUAUCAUGCAAACUUUUGGUGAAAAUCUUAAAAAUUGGAAUAUUAAUCAAUCUUUACGUUAUCCAAUUGCUCUUGGAUUUAAAUUAAUAGGUAGAUGUCGUUCAAAAGAUGAUGCAUUAUUUAUGACAACUUUAUUUAAUGCAUUUAUUGAUAAUUUAAACAUGGAUAAUGUAAAAAAAGAAAAAAUUAAAAAUGAUGAUGUGAAAAAUUGCAUAUGUGAAGAGUGGUGUAUCCAAUUUAUUGAUGCUGGUAGAUUACCAAUUAAUGAUGAACCACUGUGGACAACUAACAAUUACACUGAAAGAAUCAAUAGAACUAUUGAAGCUACAUAUUCUGGUAAACAAACUGUCUUAACAUUUGUUGAACGUUUAUAUGGAGUGAAGUUGAUACAUGAGAAUAUCACAGAAGAAAAUACAGGUAUAUUAAUUUAUGAAGCAGGAUUAGUUACAGCUUUUAAUAUGCAAUCAGUAGAACAGCAAGAUUUAUUUCCAAAAAUAACACAAGAUAUGCUCAGAAGGUUAAAUUGUGGUAGAUUGUAUUUUUUAUUGGGCAUGGUGGAAAAAUCAGAUAAUUCUGAUUUUUAUUAUGUAAAGAAAAGUCAUAACUGUGAUGUGAUAUCACCAUACGAUCAUCAGCCACUGAAUUCUGAAAGUGUUAUAGAAAAGUUGGGCCCGUUAUUUAAACAAUUAAAUAAGAAUUAUAACAUUCAAGAACGUCACGAUUAUUAUAUAGCAAAUAUUUUAACUUGUGAAUGUUUUAAUUGUUUUGACUUUAUUUGGAAUGGAUCAUUUCGUAAUGUAUGCAAGCAUUGCCAUGCCGCAAGAAUUUUUAUAACAUCACUUCAAAACCAUGAUAAUGUAAUAAAAGAUACAAAAGAAAAAUUAGUAGCUUAUUUCAAAAAUAAGCAAAGAGUUUUACCACCAGAGCUCAAGAAUUAUAAUAUUUAUCAAGGAGAUAUUGAGGUAGCUUUUCAAGAAAUUGUCAAAGAAUAUAAUGAAAAAGGAAAUAUGAUUUUUUUUACCACAAUUGAUCAAGAUUGUAAAGUUGAGAUUGAUCCUUUCCGUCCAAAUGAGUUGAGUCAAAGAAAUUUGAACCCUUUAACAGGAGCUCCUCCAAAACCUGCUGCAAACCGCCGCAAACCAAGUAGAAUACUUCGAGAAAAUAAUACAGUACUGAACACACCGUCUUCAAUGCAUCCUUCAAUGAUUACACAUCUACCUCAUUCUACCACACAUUUCCUUUCAAUAUAUAAUUCAAAUACAUAUUUUCCUUCACACCUGCCUUCAACACACCCUUCAACACACGCGUCCUUAACAUACCCUUCAAUACGCUCGCCUUCAACAUACCCGCCUUCAACAUACCCGCCUUUAAGUUAUAAUACAAAUAUAGAUUCUUCAGUGUAUUUCUCAAAUACACAAUCUUAUUUUGAUAAUUUUACUAAUUAAUUUUUGUCUUAAUACUUCCUUUACAUUUACGAAAUGGAGCAAAGGGGAAUAAAAAGAAUAAAAGUAGUGUAAAGGAAUAAAAAAGAUGAAGUGGGAAAUAAAAUGAAAGGAAUGAAGAGAAGUGUAAAGGAACAAAAGAGACGAAGUGGGAACAAAAAAAAAAUGAAAGGAACGAAGAGAAAAUAAAGAACAACGGAAAAAACGAAGGAAGGAAAGAAUAAAAAAAGCAAAAAAAUGAAAAAAUGAAGAGACGAAAAAAGAACAAAAAAUGGAGAAGGUAAACAGAGGACCACAAACCCAUAAAUAAAAGAAGAAAUAAAGUUAGUAGGAAACGGAAAUUACAUGUAAUAAAUAAACGAAAACAAAAAAAAAUAAAAAACAUACCUUAGUAGUUGCAGAGAAGAACUGAAAGA